AUGGCUAUACUCAGGGCUCGCGAGCAAAUAAUCACUCGAUCAAUAAGACGUGAAGCAAGAGUUCGGCUACAUGGUAAAAGGGUACAUAAACGUUUCCGAUCAUGGACGCAACAAAGGACUCGUAAAUUUUGGAUGCCGAUAAAGGUAUCACUACACGCACCAACGGAACUAAUGGACGGUUGGUUAUUAUCUGCCGCAGUACAGAAGGCAGCUGUAAUUAGGAAACAUGAUGUCAGACUAUGGCAUUCGUUCGUCAAGAGGGUCUUAGACCUUUCGUCGCAUUUAACAUCGCAACAAAUCGGAUUCGGUAAGAGCCGAUUUCUCAAUAAACAUUUCUAUGACGAACUAAUGAAGCAAACUGAACCUGUAUUGAGCACAUUGAGCAGCAGCAGCCUUAUGUCCAUAGUGUGGGCACUCAAUCGACUCCAAAUUAGGGAAACUAAAUUUUUAACGAGGAGAAUAUCGGAAUUGAGAGUGGCGGAUCUAAUUAAAAUAUGUAAUGGGUUGGGCAGAUUGGACAUCUGCAAUCCUGUCUUCAAAAAGGUCAUUUCCGAGAAUAUGGUGGAGAGACUACAAACCAUAUAUGCUCAAGACUUUAGAAACGUCAUCAACGCCGUUGCAAUGAUAUACCUCUACGACGAGAGGACGCAGAAAUACAUCAUGGAAAGAUUUUCAAAAACCUUUAUAUGUGCUCGGCCUCAAUAUUUGCAUCAUGGUAUUACCACCGCCGUGGCUAUGAGAGUGCUGAUGCCCGAUGUGUGGUCACAACUUGAUAGAAAUACCCGGGAAUUUUAUACACGCCUGAGCACAAGGAAGAUCCAUCUGCCAUUGAACAAACCUUCGGCAUUCCACUGGGACGUGUCACACGCACUUGGAAGACUAGGGAUCGCUCAUCGUAAUUCAUUUUAUUGGGGGUGCUACUGGAUCGACAUCGGCGAGGUGGAAGAGCGGAAAAACUGUUGGUUUGUUGACGGUCCAUCUUGCUUCUACACUGGUACAACACACUACACCAAUCAAGUGAAGCUACAACACAGAGUUCUCGAAAAUUUGGGUUGGAGCAUCCGCCGCAUCCCGUGGUUUAAGUGGAUAGAUUUAACAAGUAAUGACGGUAAAGUGUCAUACGUAAGAAAUUUGAGGAAUUCACCGGCUGCUGGAGAAGUGUUAACCAACGACGAAUGGAUGGACUCUGCUGAAAUUGCAAUUAAGCUUAGCAAAAUAAAGAAACACUUUUCAACUUUGUAA